AUUCUGAGUUUUCGCCAAAUGCUUUCUUGUCCCAAUUGCUCUCUGCAGCUGAGUGAGCCACCCGCGGGUCGCAUUGCUGCGUCUGGCGGCGUCUAUACUGGACGUUGCGCCGGCUGCAACGCAAAGUUCACCUUCCAAGCCAUUCCCAGCGCCGCCAUCCCAUCAUCAUCAUCAUCAUCAUCUUCUUCUUCAACAACAACAACAACAACAACAGCAGUAGCAGCAACGAGAGUCGUCGCUGCGCCACUCGCGCAGAUUAGCUUCCGCGUCAAUGGCACGGCUUACAUUGUCACGCAGCCCGACCCGACCGUCACCCUCAACGAGUUCAUCCGCAGUCGCCCUGGCCUCAAGGGCACCAAGAAGACGUGCGGCGAAGGUGGCUGCGGCGCGUGCGUCGUCACAAUGACAAUCCCAGCUACCCAGUCAUCUCCAGUCCAGCAGAUCGCAGUCAACUCGUGCCUGCGUCCACUGUGCUCGGUCGACGGAUACGACAUUACGACCACGGAAGGUCUUGGAAACCGCCAGGAUGGCCUGCAUCCCAUCCAAGAUCGAAUUGCUGCGUUUGGUGGCACGCAAUGCGGCUACUGCACGCCUGGCAUGGUGAUGAACAUGUACUCGCUGCUCGCAGCCAACCCGCGCCCGACCAAGCAGCAGGUGGAGGAUGCCUUUGCCGGCCAUGUUUGCCGCUGCACCGGCUAUGCUCCGAUUCUCAGCGCAAUGCGCUCGUUUGCGGUCGAUGCCACGGCUGAAGAGCGACUGGGCUUCCCGGAUAUUGAAGAUCUGGGAUCGCGAGUGAAAAGCAUGCUCAACUCGCACCCCACGGCCGGCGCGACCAACCCAGCCAUUCCAGGAUGCACUGGCUCGUGCUCUACCUGCGCUGCUGAUUGCAACAAGGCCGGCAAGCGUGCUCCUGGUGGUGCGAUUGCAUGUGCAACCUCCACCUCCUCCUCCUCCUCCUCUUGCGCCUCAUCCGCCGCUUGCUGUGGCAAAACCCCUGCUGUUGGUGCUGCUGAUGGUGCUGCUGCUGCUGCCAAACCCAUCAAACUGCAUGGCAACCCGGCAGCACCUACCGCGGUUGCCGCGACAGAGCCCCUGUGGUUCCGCCCUGCCAGCCUUGCGGAAACUACGCAGCUCAUGCAGCAGUACGGAAAGGAUUGCAAAGUCGUUGCAGGCCAUACUUCCAGCGGCGUCUUUAAGACCGAGUUUACAAGCGCUGCCGUGCUGAUUGACAUUUCCCGGGUGCCUGAACUCAACUAUGUGACAAUCGGCACUUCCAGCGUCGUGUUUGGUGCGGCCACCACCCUCCAUACCGUCAUUGAUACUCUGUCGAGCCUUGCAUACGAGUUCCCGCAGUUUGCCGUGUAUGUCGCCCACCUUUCACUGAUUGCCAAUGUGUCUGUGCGCAAUGUUGGCACUUGGGCCGGCAAUCUCAUGAUGACCCACGACCACGAUGACUUUCCCUCUGACUGCUUCACCGUCAUGGAGUCGGCUGGAGCAACACUGUCGGUCGGCAGCAGCAAUGGCUCGGUCACAUACUCGUUCCGUGACUUUUUGUCCUUGACCUUUGGUUCGACGCAAAUGCUUCUCGCACUCACAGUGCCCUUCCCUCCCGCAGCCGCAAGCGUUCAAACGUUCAAAGUCAUGCCACGCCAUCAGAAUGCGCAUGCCUACGUCAACGCAGGCUUUUACGGCCAAAUCGAUGUGAACAACAAUUUGGUCUUCACAACGGCACCCCGCCUCGUUUUUGGAGGCAUUGGCCCAAAGGCCAUUCGCGCCUCCAACACGGAGGCCUACCUGGCUGGAAAAUCGCUCAGAACGGGUGGCGUGUUUGCGACCUCGCUGUCCAUCCUCGCCAACGAACUCGUCCCUGACGCGCCUCCGGCGUUUCCCACACCAGCCUACCGCAAGUCGGCUGCACUCGGCCUGUACUACAAGUACGUGCUCUACAUUCUGCGCAGCCUGAUCUCGCCGCGCAACAUGUCCGCGGCCAUUCCCUAUGUUCGGCCCGUGUCCUCCAGUGUCGAGACCUACGACUCCUCGCCCGCCGAAUAUCCAGUUUCGCAGCCAAUCCAGAAACUCGAGGCUGGCAUUCAGGCGAGCGGUGAGGCGCAGUACGUCGGCGACAUUCCAACCGCGGAGGGUGGUUUGUUUGGAGCGUUCGUGCUCUCGACCCAAGGCAACGCCGACAUUGCCAGCGUCGAUGCGUCGCUUGCGCUUCAGAGCCCCGGUGUUGUCCGUUUCUUCACAGCCGCGGAUAUUCCCGGAGCCAACAACUUUGGCGUGGGAGGCGGCGAACCCAUUUUUGCGACAAAGUCGGUGGUCUAUGCGGGCCAGUCGAUUGGCCUCAUUGUUGCCGAUACCCAGGCGCACGCUGAUGCCGCCGUGCCGCUCGUUCGCGUCACCUACAGCAACAUUAAAACGCCCAUCCUCACCAUCAGCGACGCGAUCGCUGCCGGGCAGGUCCAGUCUGCCGGCGUUCCGGCAUUGGUCAUGGGGGAUGUGAACGCCGCGUUUGCCUCGUCGUACAGGGUUUUGCAGGGCCAGGUGGAGUGCGGCACGCAGGCUCACUUCCACAUGGAGCAGCAGGCCUGUCUGAUCGUCCCGAAUGACGAUGGCGGAUUCCACGUGACAGCCGCCACCCAGUGGAUUGACAACAUCCAGACGACGCUUGCGCAAGCAACCAAUGUCCCAGCCCACAAGAUCACUGUGGAGGUGAAGCGCUUGGGUGGCGCAUAUGGUGGCAAGAUCACGCGUCCCGCGCUGCCUGCGGCGGCCGCAGCGAUUGCAGCUGCAGCCCUGCGAACCCCAGUCCGCAUCAAUCUGAGCCUUGCCAACAACCUUGAAAUGAUUGGCAAGCGCAAUCCGUUCAUGGCCAACUACAAGGUUGGCUUUUCGGCCACCGGUGUGCUCCAAGCGGUGCAGAUUGAUUACUACGCGGAUGCUGGCUGCUUUGUGAACGACACGCCCGGCACCGUGUCCAUGGCCAUGACGACAUGUGACAAUGCGUACUAUGCGCCGAAUUGGCUCGUCAAUGGGUACAUGGUGACGACCAACUCGCCGUCCCACACAGCCGCUCGCGCUCCUGGCUGCUUGCCUGCGAUCUAUUUCAUGGAGUCGAUUAUUGAUCACGUUGCGCGCUCACUCGGCGUGCCCGUGUUCAAUGUUCGCAGCGCCAAUCUGAAUCAGCAAGGCCAGAUGACGCCGUACGCAACACCGCUGACGUACUGCAGCCUGCCCACGGUCUGGUCGUCCCUGAUUGCCUCCUCCGACUACGACAACCGCGCUGCCGCUGUCGCUUCGUUCAACGCUGCAAACCGCUGGGUCAAGCGUGGAAUCACGCUCAUGCCGCUCAAGUACGGCAUUUCGUGGAACUCGUACGGAUGUGGAGCGACUGUCAACGUCUAUGCUGAUGGAACGAUUGCCGUGACGCAUUCCGGUAUCGAGGUUGGUCAGGGCAUCAACACUAAGAUUGCGCAAAUUGCUGCGUAUACGCUUGGAGUAGACAUGUCCAUGAUUAGCGUUCGUCAGUCGAGCAGCGCGCAAGCAACUGGUGGAAGCAUCACGUCCGAGCUGAACGGUCAGGCCGUCGUCCUUGCUUGCCAAACCCUUUUGGCACGAAUGGCUCCUGUCCGUCAGCAGAUGGGCAACCCAACGUGGACCCAGCUUGUGACCCAGUGCAACACCCAAGGUGUAGAGCUGGCCACGCGCGGAUGGCUCUUCCCCACCACUCAGUACACAUUCCAGUACUUUUCGUUCGGCGCCGUUUGCGCAGAAGUUCAGGUCGAUGUGCUGACUGGCGAUACUCAAAUCUUGCGCUGCGACAUCCUGCUGGAUUGCGGUGUUAGUCUCAACCCUCUGGUUGAUCUUGGCCAGUGCCAAGGCGGCUUUGUCAUGGGUCUAGGCUACUUUAUGACUGAGAAGGCCAUUUACGACACGACGUCUGGCGCGCUCUUGACGAACGGCACUUGGGAGUACCAUGUUCCCCACUCCAAGGACAUUCCGAUCGACUUCCGCGCUUCGCUCCUUCCCAGUGCACCCAAUCCACUGGGUAUCCUGCGAUCCAAGGCCUCAGGCGAGCCUCCUUCGUGCAUGUCGUGCUCGGUUUUGUUCGCCAUGAAAGAGGCCAUCAUUGCUGCCCGCCAAGAGAUUGGCAAUACCGCGUUCUUUACUGCCAACGCCCCAUUGACAAUCGAUCAAACUCAACAGCUCUGUCUGGUGGAUCCCUCUCAGUUCUCCCUUUAGAAUGUUUACUGUGUGCUUUGUUUUUUUUUUUUUUUUUUUUUUUUUUUGUCUUUCUUUCUUUCUUUUUUUUUUUUCUUUUUUCCCCGCCUUUAGUGCCUUCUGGGGCGUUUUAGUGGUGCGCAUGAGUAGACGACCCCGGUUGUACAGCAAUACAUCUGAUGCAUGUGCAUGACGAAUGCUUCCAUUGAACUCGCACCCUGUCCUGUAUACUUUCUCGCCUUUCAACUCAAAUUAGUGCCUUCCCCGAUAGAUGCUCGCCGUUUCAUGAUGUCAA